CUUAUUUGUAAUUUUGUACACUGUCUUUUCCAACAGUAAAAAUCCUGACAAAGCCCACAUUAUUAUUAGAUUUCACAUUACACUCAAUAAAGUGAAAAAAAGGAAAUUAGAAAUUUCCCCAAUUUCGCUGCCCUAUCUUUUCUCUCUCCAAAAAACCCCCCUUCUCUCUCCUCUCUCUCUCUCUCUUCUCCACAAUCCCAAAUGGCGUAAUAAAGGUUCUUCUUCUGAAAUGAGUAUGAUUGAAGCUGGGAAUUGUUGGGAUACGGUUCUGAACGGCACUGUCGGAGGGGAUGAAUUCGAAAAUGUACUCCGUUAUUUCGAUUUUCCGAUGGAGGAUAUUGAAGUGGCCGAUAAUGGAUUUUUGGCCGAUUGGGAUAUUAGCAACUCGCAUUGCCUAGGACCUAUUCCACACGAUGUGGCAAUCGAGCCUCCAAACGUACCCGAUUGCAAAAUUGAUACUCGGCCUCCGUAUAUAUUUCCCGACCGAGUUUCCCCUCCAGCAACGCAACAAUCCUCAAAAAUCUCCGACGCUCGGGAGCAAAAGAAGCCCAUCUCUCAAACCCUAAAACUGAAUAAACCUAUCGAGAUCCAGAGCCCCGUUUCGGUUCUCGAAAGCAACGCUGCCACCUCAGCACUACCAAAGAAUCUGCCGACCAAUCACGGAAGAGUUAUUCCGGUGGGGCCCAGAUCAAAACGAGCUAGACGCGCACCUGCAAACCCAUGGCAUUUCAUAUCUCCCCUUUUCGCCUCCAAAGAAACUACGAAAGAUAACAAUGAGAGGAGAUUUAGAAAGAUUCCCGCAAAAGAAUAUUCCGAAAAAUCGAUGCAAAAACAUCCGAAAAAGUGCACUCACUGUGAAGUGACAAAGACUCCACAGUGGAGAGAGGGCCCGUUAGGGCCCAAGACUCUGUGCAACGCUUGUGGGGUCCGCUACAGAUCGGGCCGUUUAUACCCGGAAUAUAGGCCCGCUGCAAGCCCUACCUUUGCACCAUCUUUGCAUUCGAACUCGCACAAGAAAGUUAUCGAGAUGCGAAAUAAAGGUAAAUUUCCGACUAAUAUAUUUGAGGAACCUCCAAUUUCCCCACAGCCGGAGUUUGUGCCCAAUCCGAUGGGUAGUAGCUAUUUAAAUGAUUAUAUCAACUAAAAAUUAGGUAGCUACAAAUUCAAUUCUUCGAAAUUUUCGUCCUUUUUUUUUUGUAUUUUUUUAAUUGUUAUUUUCCCCUUGUUUGGAGUCAUGUUGGCUGCUCUUUGUUUGUACGAUGAUGCGAGUUAGGUUUUUGUACAUAGGUUGAAGUGAGUCUAGUGUAGGAUUAUGUCGGGAAACGGAGCUGAGGUUAGAUUUGUUGACUAGAUUAGUACGUAAACUAUGCCCGAAUUAUGUUGGAGAGUUUCGGUUAUUAUGUUAUUUCAAGAUCCGUAAGAAUAUUCGAUGAUUUCUUUU